AUGGCUUCGAUGCGCCUCAGACCGAAUAGAGGUUCAACAAGUCUUCUACGGCGGUCUAUAGUUACUUCAGCUCGACUAGCCGAAUCACAAUUUUCAUCUGACCAAUCUUCACCCUACCCAUCCUCAUCUUCAUCUUCAUCUUCCGAUCCGCAGGUCAGAAACUCUAAAACAUUCGAAUUCCUAUACGGAGCCGACUCGAACUGGCGUAAACCCAAGGUCCCGUCUAAACCACCUACUCCUCCGAAGAAACGACCCAAAGUUGAUCCGGAGGCAUACAAGAAUCUACCCCCGUUGGAAAAUGCCAGUACGAGAGAGAGGUUGAUACAUUUUAGUCUCGCAGAAGGACAGAGUAAUGAGCGAAGGGCAUACUUCGCGAAUGAUAUUGAAGGGGAACUGGGUGAGGAUUGGUCGAAUCUUGAGAUUGUAGAAGGGGAAGUGGGGCUGGAAAGUGGACGGGUAGUGGAAUGUAGGAGAUCUGGACAUAUUACCAUAGGUCUGAUUCUCGCCUCGAUCACACUCUCCGGUCGACCUCGAUUACUCCUCCUUCGAUCGUCCGGGGAGAUUUGGCCAGUAUCAUCCCACGAUGUUCAGUUUGUCAUGCCCACUUCCCUCAUCUCACCAUCGCUCGCCGCACAGUGUUGGUCCCCUGAACUGCUCGAAUCGCUCUCGCAGAUCGAUACCAAGUCAGGUUUAGCCGAAGAGAACGACUCGAUCCAACCUACGCCUGAGAUGUUAUCGGCUAGGAGGAAGGUAGCGAUGAUUCUUAGGAAGGUACACAGGGAGACUGAGAAGAUGUGUGGGAGGCUGAUGGCUGGAUCGUUCAGGCCUGACGAUGGUCAUAGGAAUGGUGGACAGGUAGGAGGUAUAGAAUCGGUUUGGCAAAAUUGGACAACGAAAGAAAGCGGUAAUCAAAGGAAGAGUAUAACGGCUGUUCAAGCUGCAGAAUUCAUCUUAAACCCUUCGGACACAAAAUCGCAAGAGGAGAAGAAGAAGAAGAUCGAAGUCAGGCCCAAUACUUUACCUGCAUAUGCCGCUCAUGUGUUACUGAUGAGACGACCGGAUUUGUUUACGGCUGAUCAAGGUGAUAUGUGGCAAUCUGGUACUUUCAUCGUUAGAUCACGAUCGGAAAGAACACUUUUAGAUAGUGUACAGAAAGGUAUAGAUGGUUCGAUGGAUAUUGGUAAAUCUGGAUCGACGGAUGAAGCAUUGUUGUCAUUUGUAGAAAAAGCUAAAGCGGUAGUUGAAAAAUCACGAAAGCUCAGGGAAGAGAGUCAAGGAAAAGAAUUAACAGAGGUCAAGGAAGAUGGUUUACCAGAAUGGACAGAUAAAGAUAAAGAACACAUAUCAAUUUUAUUGUCGCCCUUGACAGAAACACGUUCAACCCAAACGCCACCUUCACUUCCCCUCGCUUUAUCCAUCGUUCGUCUUAUUUCCCCUUCUUCAGAUGAGGUUGUCGAUAGAGGCACAUUAGCAAGAUUGUUAUCGGAUCUAGGGGUGAUUGUCCCGUGGGAUUCACUGGGAUUAUCGAAAAUCACCGAAUCGGAGAAUCGAUCAAUGAUCAUGUGUUCCAUCCCGACUGGAAUCGUCAAAGGAGAGGAGAAACUGUUGAAAGGGAAUGAAUUAGAUUCGUUGAGAGAAGAUUUCACUUCGCACAAAGUAUUUGUCAUUGACGAUCCAAUUGCUUCCGAACUAGAUGAUGGAAUAUCACUGGAAAGGAUACCGAAUUCGGAUGAUGUAUGGGUACAUAUCCAUAUAGCCGAUCCUACGAUAUUCAUACCUCCUAAUCACCCAUUGGCGAAACAAGCUUCGGUCAGGGGAAGUUCAACGUAUUUACCUGAGGCAAACAAACCACUUUUCCCGCUGGAUGUAAUCAUGAAGGAAUUAUCGCUUGGUGCGGAAGUAUCAGAUAAUAAUGGUGCUCAAGGGACAAUGACUUUUUCUGCCAAGGUGAAUAGGAAAGGUGAAGUUGACGAAACGGAAGUAAGAAUGGGAUGGAUCAAGAAACCAAAAGUGAUAACGUAUCAAGCUGUAGAUCAAGCUCUUGGUUUACCUACUUCCAAAUCUACCAGGCCAUUUGGUGGUCCAGUCAAAUUAUCCGAUACCACCAAGAUGGAUAUUGAACAGUCCGAUUUGGAAGAUCUCAAAACAUUGUAUGAGAUCGCUAAAGCCCAUCGAGCGAGGAGGUACGCUACAGCAGGAUUAGAAUGGAAUUUACCCUCUGCCAGUAUCACACUUUUGAACAAACCUUUCCCACCUCCGACUAAUCUCUUCGACCCAUUGGCUAUACCUUCUACACCUAGAUUGUUUAGUGGCUCUUUGGACAUUGAUUAUCGAGUAUCAUCAUCUAUCAUCGGAGGGACCAAUGCUGCCGGCUUAGUAGCUGAAUAUAUGAUUAUGGCUGGACGGCUCUCAGCUGCAUUCUGUUCUUCACGUAAUAUCCCAGUAAUAUAUCGAGGAUCAUUCGCACCUCGUCCCUUAUCCUCUGAAGUGGGUACGUUGGAAGAUUUAUUGUCUUCACGACAAGAGGGAACAGGUCAAAUUGAUUAUUUCAGAUUGAUGGAUCCUGCGUGGUACAGAACACCAGGAUAUGUCGAUACGAAACCUAUUCCUCAUUGGAUAAUGGGAUUUGACGAUUCUUCUUCUCCCAUUGGAUAUAUCAGAGCCACGUCUCCCUUGAGACGAUUCGAUGAUUUCCUGGUACAUUGGCAGAUCAAAUCAUUCUUAGCACGAGAAGCUAAUAUCGGAAAGAGCCAUUUGGAAAAAGGAUAUAGUAAAGAGGAAGUGAUAGGUCUGAUUAAACGGUCGGAUGAAGGUUUGAAAAGAGCCAAGAGAGCUGGUAUAAAUGCGAAUAAGUACUGGCAGGCCAGGGUAAUACAGAAGUACCUACAAUCGAAAGAGAAACGGAAUGGUAAAUUGAGAUUACCUCAAGGAUGGGAAAUCAAGGAUGAUGAGAAAAUACCUGAAGAUGGAAUUUUCACAGCGAAAAUUGCGGGAUCGACUGAUUCUGUGCCAUCGUUGAAUGGUGAAGCAACGCCUAUAAUCAUUGAACAAUUGGGAUUACAAGCUUUCUUGAAUCAUAGAGUUCUAGGGGGUAAGGAAGGAUGGAAAAUUGGUGAAGAAGUGAAAUGUAAGAUUAGAGAUGUUCAGGAUUGGCCUAAUCCAAUGAUCAAUUUUGAUCUUGUAGAUUAA